GAAUGUCAGAAUUACGGAAGUCUUAACAGCGGUGACAGAAAGGUUACGUACACUACUCGCGGCUAUAAUUGUGACAGUGGAAUCGGACCUGGUUGGUUUCGUUUUGAGGGGUCCGCCGGCACAAGAAUGCCAACUUCAUGUCCACCUGAAUAUAGGUGUAACACUUAUGCAGCCGGCUGGUUGAAUGGUGGACACCCUACAGUAGCAGACGGUCAGGUCAGCAGGCGGGUGUGUUUUCGUUAUAGUGGUAACUGCUGUCACUGGUCAACAAACAUCAAAGUAAGAAAUUGUGGUUCAUAUUAUGUGUACUAUCUUAAUGGUACACCUGGGUGCGAUCUCCGUUAUUGUGGCACUAACUAA